AUGGCUGGCCACACUGGAGACAAGCUCAUCGCCCUUGAGGCAAGAGAAGGCACGGAAUGUGUCCGUCUCGCCGAAGGCAAAUCCUUUGGUGCUGAGAAGAGCGUAGCUGGCGAGCUGGUCUUCUCGACUGGCAUGGUCGGCUACGAGGAGUCCAUCACCGACCCUUCGUACAAAGGCCAGAUCCUGGUCCUCACCUACCCCCUGGUCGGCAACUAUGGUGUGCCCGACAGAAACGAGAUGGACCCCCUGCUCAAGGACCUCCCUGCUCACUUCGAGGCCUCGCAGAUCCACGUUGCUGGUCUGAUCGUUGCUUCCUACUGCGGCGAAGACUACUCACAUUACCUGGCCACCUCUUCAUUGGGCAAAUGGCUGAAGGAGCAAGGUGUGCCCGCCCUCUGUGGCGUCGACACGCGCGCCCUCACCAAGAUCAUCCGCGAGAAGGGUAGCAUGCUCGGCCGCAUGAGACUGCAAAAGUCUGGCUCUGGUGCUGCUGCCCCCAUCACCAACGGCAUCACUCUCAGCAACGGCGAGACCGCCGAGAAGCCCGAGUUCGAGGAGGUCGAAUGGUCCAACCCUAACAACCAGAACUUGGUUGCAGAUGUCUCGAUCAAGGAACCCAAAGUCUACUCGCCCGAACCGUCAACUGCUCUGAAGCACCCCUCAGGCAGACCCAUUCGCAUUGUCUGCGUUGACGUCGGUCUCAAGUACAACCAGCUGAGAUGCCUCGUCAAGCGUGGUGUCGAGGUCCAGGUCGUCCCUUGGGACUACGACUUCCCUUCAUUGGCUGGAAAGGAGUACGAUGGUCUCUUCAUCUCCAACGGCCCUGGUGAUCCGGCAUUGAUGGAGAAGACUGUCAAGAACAUCCAGGCCAACAUCCGUGAGGCCAGAGUCCCCAUCUUCGGUAUCUGUUUGGGACACCAGCUUCUCGCCCGUGCUUCGGGUGCCGAGACUGUCAAGAUGAAGUACGGUAACAGAGGCCACAACAUUCCUUGCACAAACUUGAUUUCAGGCAAGUGCUACAUCACAUCGCAAAACCACGGUUACGCCGUCGACUCGCGCACUCUGACCCAGGACUGGUCUGAGCUGUUCGUCAACGCCAACGACGGGUCCAACGAGGGUAUCAGACACACCAGCCGCCCCUACUUCAGUGUCCAAUUCCACCCCGAAAGUGCUCCUGGUCCCCAGGACACCGAGUUCCUCUUCGACGUCUUCCUGGAUGCUGUCCAGAAGGUCAUUAAGGACUCCAGCAUGAUGCACCAGCCCAUCAAGUUCCCCGGUGGUGACCUUGCUGAGAACCAGAAGGCCAACCCCAGAGUCACCGUCAAGAAGGUCCUGGUUCUUGGCAGUGGUGGUCUCUCCAUCGGUCAGGCCGGUGAGUUCGAUUACUCGGGUUCGCAAGCCAUCAAGGCUCUCAAGGAGGAGGGUAUCUACACAAUCUUGAUCAACCCCAACAUCGCCACCAUUCAGACUUCCAAGGGUUUGGCCGACAAGGUCUACUUCCUGCCUGUCAACGCCGACUUUGUCCGCAAGGUUAUCAAGCAGGAGAAGCCCGACGGUAUCUACUGCACCUUCGGUGGUCAAACUGCCCUGUCGGUCGGUAUCCAGCUCAAGGAUGAGUUCGAAGGUCUUGGUGUCAAGGUUCUCGGUACCCAGAUUGACACUGUCAUCACCACUGAGGACCGUGAGCUCUUUGCCCGUGCCAUGGAAUCCAUUGGCGAGAAGUGCGCCAUGUCCGCCUCUGCCAACAACAUGGAGGAGGCCAUGGCCGCUGGUAAGCAGAUUGGCUUCCCUCUGAUCAUUCGUGCCGCAUAUGCUCUUGGUGGUCUGGGCAGUGGUUUCGCCGAUAACGAGGACCAACUUCGCGAGCUCUGCAACAAGGCAUUCGCUGCCAGUCCUCAAGUCCUCAUUGAGCGCAGUAUGAAGGGCUGGAAGGAAAUCGAGUAUGAAGUCGUCCGCGAUUGCCAAGACAACUGCAUUACUGUCUGUAACAUGGAGAACUUCGACCCUCUGGGUAUUCACACUGGUGACUCCAUCGUCGUUGCUCCUUCGCAGACUCUGUCUGACAAGGACUUCAUGAUGCUGAGACGCACUGCUGUCAACGUUAUCCGUCACCUCGGCGUUGUUGGUGAGUGUAACAUUCAGUACGCUCUCAACCCUGACUCCAGAGAGUACUGUAUCAUUGAAGUCAACGCUCGUCUGUCGCGUUCCUCUGCUCUUGCCUCCAAAGCCACCGGUUACCCUCUGGCUUUCGUCGCUGCCAAGCUUGGUCUCGGUAUCCCAUUGAACGAGAUCAAGAACACCGUCACCAAGGUCACCUGCGCCUGCUUCGAGCCUUCUCUCGACUACGUCGUUGUCAAGAUUCCUCGUUGGGAUCUGAAGAAGUUCACUCGUGUCUCGACCCUCCUCGGCUCUGCCAUGAAGAGUGUUGGUGAAGUCAUGAGCAUUGGUAGAACAUUCGAAGAAGCCAUUCAAAAGGCUAUCCGUGCUGUCGAUGUUAGCAACCUCGGCUUCCAGGAGACUAGCGCCCUCAUGUCCAUCGAUCAAGAGUUGCAGACUCCAUCUGACCAGAGAAUGUUCGCCAUUGCCAACGCCAUGCACUCUGGUUACACCGUCGACAAGAUCUGGGAAUUGACCAAGAUCGACAAGUGGUUCCUGAGCAAGCUCAAGGGAUUGAGCGAGUUCGGCAAGCUCAUGAGCACCAAGAAGGUUGGCGACGUUCCCUCGUCGCUCUUCAGACAGGCCAAGGAGCUCGGUUUCUCAGACAAGCAGCUGAGUAUCUUCUGGUCUACCAACGAGCAGACCGUCCGUAAGCACAGACUUGAGUACGACAUCAUGCCUGUUGUCAAGCAGAUCGACACAGUUGCAGGUGAAUUUCCUGCAUUCACGGCGAGUCCCAGCUUCAUCUCCACUCUCAUGAAAUGGUUGCUAACUUUUGUUCGCAGANACUACCUAUACACAACUUAUAACGGGAUUGAAUCUGACAUUGACUUCAACGACAACGGCGUGAUGGUGCUCGGUUCUGGCGUCUACAGAAUUGGAUCGUCUGUCGAAUUCGAUUGGUGCUCUGUCCGCACUGUCCGCACUCUUCGAGAGAACAAUUUCAAAACCGUGAUGGUCAACGUGAGUUUGUCCACUGCUUCAGACGCUUUUUGUAGUCGUUGUAUAGUCCUUCUUGCUAACUCAAGUGACCCAGNNUACAAUCCUGAGACCGUAAGCACCGACUACGAUGAGGCCGAUCGCCUGUACUUCGAGAACAUCACCCUCGAGACCGUUCUCGAUAUCUACCAGCUCGAGAACUCCAGCGGUGUCAUUCUCUCCAUGGGUGGCCAGACUCCCAACAACAUCUCUCUGCCUCUCCACCGCCUCAACGUCAAGAUUCUUGGUACCUCACCCGAGAUGAUUGACUCUGCCGAGAACAGAUACAAGUUCUCGCGUAUGCUUGACAGAAUCGGUGUUGACCAGCCCCAAUGGAAGGAGCUGACCAGCAUUGACGAGGCUAAGAAGUUCUGUGAUGCUGUGUCUUACCCUGUGCUCGUCCGUCCUUCAUACGUUCUUUCCGGAGCCGCCAUGAACACGGUCUACUCGGAGCACGACCUCGCCAAUUACCUCAACCAGGCUGCUGAAGUUUCCAAGGACCACCCCGUUGUCAUCACCAAGUACAUUGAGGGUGCCAAGGAGAUCGAGAUGGACGCCGUUGCCCGUAAUGGUACCAUGAUUGGCCACUUUAUCUCUGAACACGUCGAGAACGCCGGUGUUCACUCUGGUGACGCUACCCUGAUCCAGCCCNCUCAGGACUUGGACGCCGAGACCGUCAGACGUAUUGAAGAGGCUACCAAGAAGAUUGGUGAGGCCCUCAACAUCACCGGUCCUUACAACAUUCAGUUCAUUGCCAAGGACAACGACAUUAAGGUCAUUGAGUGCAAUGUCAGAGCUUCAAGAUCCUUCCCCUUCGUUUCGAAGGUCACUGGUGUCGACUUGAUCGAGUUGGCCACCAAGGCUAUGACUGGUCUUCCCCUCCAGGAGUACNCCCCUGUCACCAUGCCUAAGGAUUACAUUGGUGUCAAGGUUCCUCAAUUCUCGUUCUCGCGUCUUUCUGGAGCCGACCCCGUCACCGGUGUUGAGAUGGCUUCCACUGGUGAGGUCGCUUGUUUCGGUCGUACCAAGUACGAGGCUUACAUGAAGGCCCUUGUCGCAACCGGCUUCCGCCUCCCCAAGAAGAACAUCCUUCUGUCUAUCGGUGCUUACAAGGACAAGCAAGAGUUGUUGCCUUCCAUUGAGAAGCUCCACAAGCUCGGCUACAGCCUGUAUGCUACUGCUGGUACCGCCGACUUCCUUGAGGAGCACGGUGUUCCUUGCAAGUUCUUGGAGGCUCUCCAGGAUGACGAGCAGAGAACCGAGUACUCGUUGACUCACGCUCUUGCCAACAACUUGAUCGACUUGUACAUCAACUUGCCGUCAAGCAACCGCUUCCGUCGUCCUGCCAACUACAUGUCUAAGGGUUACCGUACUCGCAGAAUGGCUGUUGACUACCAGACUCCUCUGGUGACUAACGUCAAGAACGCCAAGAUUCUGAUCGAGGCCAUUGCUCGUGACUACGACAUGGCUAUCAGCAGCAUCGACUACCAGACCUUUGCUGAGCUUCCCUCGACCUCUCUUGAAGAGCCUGUUGCCAAGCAGACUCCCUCUCUUCAAGAGCUCCUCCACAACUCUCCUUUUAAGGGCAGGGACAUCACCUCGGUCAACCAGUUCACAAGAAAGGAGUUGCACCUUCUCAUGACUGUCGCUUCGGAGAUGCGUUUGGGUGUCGAGCGCGACGGUGUCCUUGAUAUCCUCAAGAACAAGCUUCUCUGCUUGAUGUUCUACGAACCUUCUACUCGCACUUCGUCUUCCUUCGAUGCUGCCAUGAAGCGUCUUGGUGGCCAGUGCAUCAUGAUCAACGAGUCCCACUCGAGCACCAAGAAGGGCGAGACUCUGUCGGACACCAUCCGCACUCUUGACCAAUACGGUGACGCUAUCGUCCUCCGCCACCCCGAGGAUGACAGUGCCGACGUGGCUGCUGAAGCUGCUGACCACCCUAUCAUCAACGCUGGUAACGGCUCGCGCGAGCACCCUACUCAGGCCUUCUUGGAUCUCUUCACCAUUCGUGAGGAGCUUGGUACCGCCAACGGUCUUACCAUCACCUUCGUCGGUGAUCUCAAGUACGGCCGCACCGUGCACUCUCUUUGCGAGGUGCUCAAACACUACAACUGCACAAUCAACCUCAUAGCACCCAAGCAGAUCGGCCUCCCCGAGAAGGUCCGCAGCGCUCUCCAGGGCCGCGGUCAACUCGGCACCGAGUCUCACGAGCUGACCCCUGAGAUCGUUGCCCAAUCCGACGUCAUCUACUGUACCCGUGUGCAGAAGGAGCGCUUCGAGGACUUGUCUCUGUACGAGCAGGUCAAGGAUGGUCUUGUCGUCAGCGCCGCUACCCUCAAGCACGCAAAGAAGAACAUGAUUGUCAUGCACCCUCUUCCUCGCAACUUAGAGCUCAGCCCCGAGGUUGACAACGACCCCAGGGCUGCUUACUUCAGACAGAUGAAGUAUGGCAUGUUCGUCCGCAUGGCUCUUUUGGCCUUGGUCAUGGCAUCAUAA